UCAUUUCCUGGGAAAAUAGCACUCAAGUACCGCAUGCAGGAGAUCAGAAGAAAAUGUAAAUAUAAUGAAACAUCAAUUAAUUCUGGCAAACGAUCAAGAAUCAUCAGUUUGCAAUUAGAUCCCAACACCAAUAAAUCCCCGUUGCAAAAUGGUGGUAUUAAGAAAGCGAGACGCGGGGAAGUAAAUUAUGCUCCAGACUUUCCUGAUGGCGAAAAUGAAUCCACUCUGCAACACCAUCAGAAGCAAAUGAACAGAGAAUGGAGGAAAAAGGACUUCAACAUGAUAUUUAUAAAUCAAAAAAUGGAAGUUACUUUUUCUUUCAGAACACGACAGAUAAUAUCCAGGAUUAAAAUGAAUGAGAUAAAAGAACAGUGGCCUGCAUUAUUUACAACAGAUCAACUGACUAGAGAGAUGAUUCGUCUGAUUGGCUUUGAUAUCGAACCAAAAGUUAAAAGUAAUUUUUGCAACCGAGGUUUCUUAGAAAUUGUACAAAGAAGAAUGAAAACACGAAAUAUAACUGCAGAAACUGCACUGAAGUUUAUUCCAAAAUUUUUCCACGAAAAAUGGUCUUUCUUUGUUGCAGAGGAUGAACUUAACCCUCAGAUGAAUGUCCGUGAAGCUGCAACUGAACCAUUGCCUCCACACCCAGCGCUCGUAGAGAUGGCUGGGCGAUGGGCGAUCUCAUGUGAAGGAGAUUUACUGAUGCAGAAUUUGGAAUUCAUUGAUGCAGUUAUCAACUUAAUAAUGACGUAUUAUGCAUGUGAUAUGGAAUAUCACAAAUGUGGUGUUAAGUCAAUGCUAUUCCUGCAAGUAGGAUUAGCAGAAAUUUCUUCUUCUGUUAAAAUCCCACCAGUUGUAAGGAAAAUUAUAACUGAAAUGAAAUCAAACAAAUAAAUAUUUGUAAAUAUAAUAGAUGCUGUUAAUAAAUUUAUGUAUGCUUUAAA